CCCCAUUCGUUGGAAUGCAAAAGAAAAAAAAUAAAAUAAAAGAAGGGACUUUAUCAACGAAACGCGUCGUGCAUGGUCCUUGUGCGUUUCAUGCAGCACCAUUACACCAACACGGCCAGUUACUAUUUCCUUUUCUCAUUGGCCACGGCUUCGGAAGCUCGGCGUUAUUUUACUAUCCAGCGUUCUAAUUCGUUGUUACUAUUCUUCUAUCCUAUUGGCUGCCAUGGCCCCACCCACGCUAACUGUGCCUUCGUUAUAAAAAUGGACCACUGUCCACACAUUGUUAUAAUUUGUACUCGAUUUAUCAAUAAGGUAUAUUCAUAUUUAUGCUUGUAUUAUGUAACAUAUUUUCUUUCUACACGACAAAAUUAGUUCACUG